AUGGACCUGCCAGUGAGCUUUGCAAAUGCUCCGAGUGGCAAGGACGAACCCAGCUUUUCAGGUCAAGUGACGCGCUCCUCGAUGCCAGCAAAUGCUGCUCAGGGAACGCUUUUACCGAACGCAGUGCCUGGAAUUGACGAGCAAGGUCUUCGAUCGUGGGACCUUGUGCGGAAGGAAGCUUUUCCCUCGCGAGUUAAUUGCCUCGAUCCCGAAGAGUUCGACAAGCUCCGCCGGGAGAUUGGUCGUGAGGACGUCGAUCAUCAAGACAUCAAUGUGCGCCUGCGGUACAACCUGCGCUUGCAGCACAGACAGGUUCCAGAUGGUGCUGCAG